GUCCGCAACCACCUCGCCUGACGUGCCGCGCGCGCGCGCCCACGCAGCCCUUUCCGCGGCCACGCUUGUCCGUUGCGUCGCCAGCGCGCGACAUCAUCGACUGCUCUCGAAGCCGACGUACGUGCGCCGCUGCCCGAGCCACGGCAAACAUGUGACCUUUCUGUGAGUGCAAAGUGCUCGCGGCCUCUUGGUGUGUUCGACCCGGCCCGACAGCCCCAGCGGCGCGCGAUGUGCUGCUGAGCGACCGACCGUGCGAGUAGCGUGCGCAGCAGCGGCCGGCCGACGCCCGCGGACAUUCGUCGAAGAUGAGCGAGAGGACGACGAUGCAGUUGUCCUCGAGCUGCAGCGCGAACGCUGCCGGGGCUGCCCACGACAGCAACGACAGCGCGACGCAGAACGAAGGGAUCAGCGAAGCCGUUGCCAAGGUUCUUCAAGGAUACGACUGGACAUUGGUGCCUGUUGCUAGCAAAGGUUCGACGGACAAACGAGCUGCACAUGUCAAAAGGCCAAUGAAUGCGUUUAUGGUUUGGGCACAGGCAGCCAGAAGAAAGCUCGCGGAUCAAUAUCCUCAGCUUCACAAUGCCGAGCUCUCGAAAACCCUCGGAAAACUCUGGAGGCUGCUUUCAGAGAACGAAAAAAAGCCAUUUAUCGAGGAGGCAGAUCGAUUGCGAGUGAUUCACAAACGUACACAUCCCGAUUAUAAAUACCAACCUCGGCGCAAAAAACAGCAGCAGCAAUCCGGCAACCAAAGUAAUUACUGUCGGGAAUCCUCGCGGUCUUCCACUUCACGACAGUUGCAACAUCAGCAACAACAGCUGCAGCAGUCGGGAGUGAGUUGCGUUGGUUUCAAGCAAGAGGAUCUUACGACCUGUGAGUCUGGCUCUCCUCAAACCACCAAUUCCAUCAGUUCUGCGUCUCCGCCGACGACGCCUCAAGCACUGUCACCACCUACGCCUCCUACGACUCCUCGUGUUCAAACCUAUACCAGUCAGCAGCAGAUCAACGGUCUGCUCAACGCUCAGCAGGAACUCACCUCGUCUUACUUACACAGUUGCCCAGAAAUCCUUCAACAGGCACAGCAGCAGCAACAGCAGCAGCAACAGCAGCAGCAGCAGCAGCAAUCGCAGCAACAACAGCAAUCCGAAACGGAGCUACGUAAUUAUUUUGAUCUACCGGCACCUUUGCCCAUCGAAGACGAGCACUUGGGAAACUUUCUCGGUGCCCACGAAGGCAACCUCGACAGCAAUGAACUCGACCAAUAUUUGACGCAAGCCCAGCAGCAAUCAUUAGCGACCAAUCAUCAUCACUACAAUUCCACUUAUCCGACUCACACUGCUGCUUCUUGGCCAAGGUACGAUGAAACUUGCUGUAACGGGAGAUCAGGCAAGCGACAGUAUUCUACUUUAGGACAACAGCUGCAACCAAAUUUCAAUGGUGACACAAGUGAUUGGGAAGACAAACAGCAUCAGCAAUUUCAGUCGCGCGAAAGUCAAGAAGAAUUGACGAGAUACCACGAAUUACAACCGCUCACAACGCUUCCUCCCGUUCAAUAUUUCUCUCAGCAUCAUCAUGAUCCUCACGCGGUAACUCAGUUGAGUGCGAAUCAUCAGCACGUGCCAACAAGCUCUUACGUGCAAUAUCGGCAUUUUUUUUCCAAUAUGAAUGCAUGGCCUAAUUACUAGUUCUUUUGCUACCUUUUUCAGUUCGUAUCGCUUAUUUCAAAGAGAACGACUUUCAGUAGAUUUUAUAAGCUUUCAAUCAUGAUUAUAAUAAGUAAUAUACGUAAAUGUGCCUUUUUAGUUUAUAAUUGAAAUAUUAAUUUAAAACAUUGAAGAAAUUGAGAGCAACAAAAUAUUAGGGAAGAGAUGCGAAAUCGAGUCAAAACUUUCAUGACAUCAUUCCAUGACAGCCAGUCGAGGACUCCUGGGCUAGGCCAAACAAAUCUUCGCUCUCUCGAAAAAAGGUAAAAGUACUAGAGAGAAAAUUAAUAGAGAUAAACGGUAGGAUAGUUCUAAGUUCGUCUUAAUAAAUAUUAAAUCCAAUUGACGUAAUUUUUUAUAUAAAUGAAUUUCCUUUAUAAUAUCCAAUAUACCCAGUGUACUUUUCAUAUUCUGCUUUGAAAUAAUUUUCAUUGUUUAUGAAAUAUCUAUGCAUAAUUUUGAAUUCAAUCAUUCAUUUAUGAAAUUUUAUAAUAUUCUUUUACCAUGAUCAUCACUAAUUUCGAGCUUAUAUAUGCUGUAACACUCUCAUUGAAUAGAUACCAACAGAAUAUGUUCUUACAGUGUUAAAUUGUAUUCCUUCAAUUACUGCAAUUUACAUAAUAUAAUUUUUUUAUUAAUUAUUCUCAUGGAAAUUGUCUAA